AUGAGAGCCACCAAAAUUGUGUUACUUCUGCUUUGGUUCUUUCCAGCUAUGUUUUGCACCAAUGUGGACUAUGAUCAUAGAACAUUGGUCAUAGAUGGAAAACGCAGGGUCUUGAUCUCUGGUUCUAUUCAUUACCCUGGCAGUACUCCACAGAUGUGGCCAGACCUUAUUCAGAAAUCCAAAGAGGGAGGACUUGAUGUCAUUAAAACAUAUGUUAUCUGGAACUUACAUGAACCUCUUCAAGGCCAGUAUGAUUUUGAUGGUAGGAAGGAUUUGGUGAAAUUUGCGAAGACAGUGGCUGAAGCUGGUCUAUACGUGCAUCUCCGCAUCGGUCCAUACGCUUGUGCUGAAUGGAACUAUGGUGGUUUCCCUCUCUGGUUUCACUUCAUUCCAGGGAUUAAGUUCCGAACCGACAAUGAGCCAUUCAAAACAAAAAUGUACAGCUAA